UUGCAGCAGCCCUGCUUUGUGGAGGCCCUGGACACUCACGGCGAGGGAUGGGGAGACCCCAGAGAACCAAAAAAAGUCAGAACUGGAUGGUCAACUGAUGAACUGCAGAUCAAAGGGAGCCCUGGGGUUUCAACACCCAGUGAGACUUUAUUUGCCCAAGUCCAAAUCCCAAAAGUUUCUUACUAACAUGGGAGAGAAGGUUCUGGCCAGUUUUCCAGUACAAGCUACAAUUCACUUCUACAAUGAUGAUGCCAACUCUGAGGAAGAAGAAAUGAGGGUGGAGGGGGCCGUACGGAGAUGGAGGGAGCGGUGGGAGCUCGCCUCGCCCCGCCCUGCCCCGCCCGGCGCUCGCAGCCCGCUGUCCCCCGGCCCGCCCGGGAUCCACCGCGGAGCCUUUCCCAGGUCACUGCCUGUCCCUUGGAGCUCCGGGCGGGGUGGUGCCGGCCGGGGGAGACACGUCAGCGGCCAGCGGAGGGCUGGUGACGGGCGGGGCGGGGCCGGGGCUGUCCCGGCGUGUUCGGCAUCCCGGGAUGCGGCGGCGAUUCCGGGGAUGAUGCGAACCCUGACCCUGCGCCCUGCCAGGCGUCCUGCCGGAGGGGUAGAACAAUGAGUUACCUGACAUAACAAG